AUGGUACGGGUCGAGGACUCGAACGGCGCAGAUACAGAUACCAAUCCAGAAGGUGAAUCCUCAGGUUAUGUCCGUUUGGCUGGCAACGGACUUCCUGGCGGCGAGCAACAACAAGCAAGCUCUUCAGGGGUAGCUGCGGCACCAUCUGUCGAUAGCAGCCCUGGGCGAUCAGUUCCGUUGGCUAUUGCUUCGUCAUCAUCACCGGCCAAUGUAGCAAAUAAUCAAUAUGCGAUUCCAGUCGAUGAAAACGGACACAGAUAUGUCGGUCUUGUGAACCAGGCAAUGACUUGUUAUUUGAACAGUCUUGUGCAAUCUCUCUACAUGACUCCGGAAUUUCGAAAUGCUAUGUACGAUUGGGAAUAUGUUCAACAGCCAGCCCAUAUUAAAGAACAAAGAAAAAAGGCCGAACAGAGUAUUCCAUGUCAACUUCAAAAACUAUUCCUACUGCUUCAGACAUCUGAAAAUGACUCCCUGGAAACGAAAGAUCUAACGCAAAGUUUUGGAUGGACAUCGAAUGAAGCAUACGAUCAGCAUGAUGUUCAGGAACUUUGCCGUCUUAUGUUCGAUGCUUUGGAACACAAAUGGAAAGGCACCGAACAUGAGAAGCUUAUUCAAGAUUUGUACAGAGGAACCAUGGAAGACUUUGUAGCAUGCCUCAAAUGUGGACGAGAGAGUGUCAAGACGGAUUACUUUCUUGAUCUACCGUUAGCUGUUAAACCAUUUGGCGCAAUACAUGCAUACAAAAGUGUCGAAGAAGCGUUGACUGCGUUUGUUCAACCAGAACUUCUUGAUGGAUCAAACCAAUACAUGUGUGAAAAUUGCAAAAGCAAGCAGGAUGCUCAUAAAGGACUUCGAAUUACUCAGUUCCCAUAUCUCCUCACAAUUCAAUUAAAACGUUUUGAUUUCGAUUACAAUACAAUGCAUCGUAUUAAAUUAAACGACAAAAUGACUUUCCCUGAUGUUUUGGAUUUGAACGACUAUGUAAACAAAGAGAAGCGAUCGACAACAUCAUCAGCUUGGCAACAGAUUGGAAAGAAUAAAUCAGAAAACGAAGAAGAUGAUAUGGAAUUAGGAUCACCCAAUCCAAAAAGAUGCACUCCGGGAGUUCAAUCUCCAAAUCGUUACCAAGGAAGUGAGAAUGUAUGUGUUGGCCAGCCGAUUGAUCACGCAGCAGUGGACGAUAUAGUAAAAACAAGCGGAGAUAAUGUGUACGAGUUGUUUUCUGUAAUGGUUCAUUCUGGAAAUGCUGCUGGGGGACAUUACUUUGCAUAUAUCAAAAAUCUGGACCAGGAUAGGUGGUACGUUUUCAACGAUACGCGAGUGGAUUUUGCAACCCCUUUGGAGAUUGAGAAGAGCUUCGGUGGUCAUCCGAGUGGUUGGAAUCAAUCGAAUACUAAUGCCUAUAUGCUAAUGUAUCGCAGGAUUGAUCCGAAGAGAAACGCUCGAUUUAUUUUGAGCAAUCAACUACCACAACACAUAAAGGAUUCUCAAGAAAAGUGGAAGAGACUUGAACGAGAGGCGGAAGAUGAAAGACUCCGAAAACUGAGCCUUAUUCAAGUAUAUGUUACCAUCAACUAUCCAUUCCCAUCAGUUGUCACACUCCCAGAUAAGAAGCAACUCGAUUUGACUCCACAAAAAUAUCAGAUUGCUGAAGAUUUUGGUGAAUACAAGACUGAAAUAUCACGAGAGAUGCCGAUCAAAAAUGUGUUCAAUCACGCAUUCGAGUUUUUCAAUGAGCGUGCUCGAGCCUACAACUUGCCAUUCACAAAAAAUUCUGCUCGUCUAAUUUAUGUUGAGCAUGGUAGCCUGAUGAUGGAUUUCAAAUCAAAAGCAGACAUGGACAAGAAGUUACGAAGUGUUUUCAAUGUCAAUCACGGAGAGCCUGGAUCAAUGUAUGGAGUUCACUUCAUUCUUGAUGUUCGUAUUGCUUCAUCGUUCUUCCCAGUCGACAUUAAAAACAAGAUCACAAUCAAAGUGCAACGCGUCGACAUUGGUAAAAAGACGACUGCAAAUGAGUUGAUUGUCGUUGUAGAUGCUAAUGAGAAGAUGAUUAAAGUAAAAUCGUGGAUAGGAGGUCAAUUUCGAGAUGAUAUUCAUGGGGUUUUAAAUGCUCGUGUGGUUCUUGAAGUUGCUUCGUCAAGAUGCGAGUUCAUGAUGAUUGACGUUAGUCAUAACGCAACGGAAUUUGGAAGUCUGAUACAGCAAUAUGUUGGACACACUACGCCUACGCUAUAUUACGAUGGUGGAUUAAAUACAAUGGUCACGAAAGAAUCUCAAGAAGCAACGCUAGCUGAUCGAAAGCUACCGUUCGACAAAUCGGUUAUGUAUCAUAUUCUUGACAGAAAAUGUUUCUCAACAAUGGUGAAAGUUCGUUUGCCAUCACAAGAGGAGAUUGAAAAAGCAGCGUCUACUAAAAAUGCUUAUCAAGGUCCAACUUGGGCCGAGACAAUUGCCAUAAUGAAGGAAGAGGACAGACUUUGGAAUGAGCCGCGAGCUGCUGUAGAAGUAAUGUCAACUGUCUCGAGAACCGACACUACUGAUCAUGCACUUGUGGCGGACACUGACGAUGAGCCAAUUCCUUCCGGAAGAGGUUCAACUGCUUCUAUGCGUUCCGUCAGCAUGGAUGAUAUUGAUGCUGAUAUUGGAAUAUCUGGAAGCUUAUGCAAUAAUACUCCACAAAUGUCCCCAUGUGUAUCAGAAGGCGAUGACGCUGACGAAAGUCAAUUAGAUGGGAAGUCUCAGUUGAUGAGUGAUUACAUGCAGAAGACAAGUCCUGAUUUCUAUUACAAUCGAGAUCCACAAAAUCAUUUGAACAAGAACUUGAAAAUAGCACUUGGAGAUGAAACACCAUCAGAAUCCUUGUCAGCUGUGAGUAGCGGACAAUCCACACUGGUUCCUUCAACUUCGAAUCAAGCUUUGUCAAGUAUGACACGAUCCGAUGAAGCUGUUGAUGGGAAGAUUGUGACUGUAUUUUCUCAUGAAAACUUUCACAAACUUGAUGUCGAUAGUCGAAUGCGAGUUCUAGAGUUCAAAAAGUGGGUAGCUGAACAAUUGGAGAUGGACAAAGAUCAGUUUGUCAUAGUUAAGCAUGCAUCUGAUGAUGGAUCCGACAGUGGAUAUGAAGCUAAUUUCAUGGAUGAUGAGACUGUUUCUGGGGCCUUUCAGUCAUGUUUCAUUUCGAUCAAACUACGCGCACCAUUAAAAAGCGAUGAAAAAAUGAUGCAGAUUAUUCUAUUCGACAUUCUAGAAAAUCUGCGAGAAAAUUGGAAACCAUUAUUUGAACUUCCCGUGUCUCAAAGUACAGUUAUUGGAGAUGUUCUUCUGCAAUGUCUGCGUAUGUACAAGGAGGUUUAUGGAGAAGAAUUGACUCCAAAAAUGGUUCGUCUGCGCGAGUUGGGUGGAUCGGGAGUUGGAACUGGAAGAGCAGUACUAAAUCCUAAUGAUACAUUAGAAAAACGAUCUUAUAACUGGUGUUCUCAUCUAUAUCUGCAAAUCAUAACUGAUGAAGCAAUGAUUGGAAAACCUGGCGAGCCGAUCAUGGUUCGAAGAUUCCGCCCGUCUACCGUUGAAGUCAAUCCUACACACGAAGUUCUAGUUGAUGCAAAUGCCGAGAACCCAGUUGUAUCAUUUGUGGAAGCAUUGUCAAAAAUUUCGGGAAUUCCGGUGGAACGUCUUGCAAUUACUGAUCUGAAAGAAUUCAAUUGGCAGAAAUGGCCGUACUUGAAGAGUCGCCUCGAUAUGCUUGAAAACAAAGUUAACUUCACGAAAGACCUCCAAGUGACUUAUCCACUUCCCCGAGAAUUCUUAGACAAGGUCGGAAGUCGAGUUCUAUACUACAAAGAUUCUGAUGAAGAGGCAAAAGUUCUGUCAGAGGAUGAGCGUAAACAAAUUAAAAUCAAAGAAAACGGGCAAUCUGCAAACGCAAAUCGUAGAAAGGAACGACCGCUUCGAAUUCAAAUGAGCAGCGUCUGUGAAGCUUAAAUGUCUCAUCGAAGUUUAUAGCACGUUACUAUUAUUAUUAUAUUAUCAUUAUUUUUGGUCUAAAAUUCAUGUUUUUUCAUAACUCCCUUUCAAAGAUACAAAUUAAAUCCUCAUAGUUUUUGUAUCUUUAUAACUAUUUUAUUUGCCUUUUUUCCCGAUUUUCUCAUGUUCCCAUUGAAUACCUUUGACUAUCCAGUGAAAAUUUUGUUGUGACCCUGUGACGUUAUUUUGCCGAUAGCUAUUGAUUUAUUCGAUUAACGUGCGCUCGGUUGCAGUAUACUUGCAGUUGUGCAUUCAAAUUUUCUAUCGUCUCGUUUCUUCAAAUUGUAUUUUUUCGUUGUUUCUAUUCACCACGCCCUGAUUGUUUCUUUUUUUAUUAGAGAAUGAUCCAACUCAGGGAUUAAAAUAAACGUUGAGAUUCCAAA